GGGUCAAACCCAAAGCAGCCUGGGACUUUUCGGGCUGGCACCACCUCCUCGAGCCGUUCCCGAGGGCAUCCAGAGGCCAGGUCUCUGUCGGACAACUGAAAAGUAAAGAGAGGACUGGGGCGUUAGGGACCUUUGUGCAGAAGUGCGCCGGAGUGCAGGGCGGGAGGGAGGAGGGGAGAGGGCGUUGGGAGCCGGAGGAGAGGAAGCCCCACCUUUCAUUCCUGCGCUGAGCCCGGCCCGCGGGGCGGGAUGAGUCACGGCUGCCUCACCUGCCUCUUUCGGGCGCUGCGGCUCCCAUAGGUGAGCGCGCAGCCUCUGCUCUCCGGUAAACAUCGCGCCGCGCCUCGCGCUGGCCUUGGCAGGGUGCUGGAGCCCUGCGUUUGCCCGGUCUGGUCUGCGGGGCCAGGGCUGGGUUUCCCUCAUGUAUGGCCAGAGUCCUCCGCGCGCGGUGCUGCUGCUCCUUGGCUUACUGCUCACAGCUCUUUGGCCCAUAGCAGCUGUGGAAAUUUACACCUCUGGGGCGCUGGAGGCUGUUAAUGGGACAGACGUUAGGCUAAAAUGCACUUUUUCCAGCUUUGCCCCCGUGGGCGAUGCGCUAACAGUGACUUGGAAUUUCCGUCCUCGAGAUGGGGGUCCUGAACAGUUUGUGUUCUACUACCAUGUGGAUCCCUUCAAACCCAUGAGUGGGCGGUUCAAAGACCGGGUGGUCUGGGAUGGGAAUCUUGACCGGUGCGACGUCUCCAUUAUCCUGUGGAAGCUGCAGUUCGAUGACAAUGGGACAUACACCUGUCAGGUGAAAAACCCACCUGAUGUGGAUGGGCUGAUAGGGGCGAUCCGGCUCAGCGUUGUGCAAACUGUACAGUUCUCUGAGAUCUACUUCCUGGCUCUGGCCAUUGGCUCUGCCUGUGGGUUGAUGGUCAUCAUUGUAAUUGUGGUUGUCCUUGUCCAGCAUUUCCGGAAAAAGCGAUGGGCUGACAGAGCUCACAGAGUGGUGGAGAUAAAACCUCACGAAGAGGAAAGGCUCAGCCAAGAAAAAAAGGUCUCUGUUUCUUUAGAAGACACAGACUAAUAUCCCUAGAUGGAAGCUGAAAAUUUCCAAGAUUUCUUGAAGUUUAUGGAUACUUCUCUUUGGUGUUUCCGUUGUGACCUGUCUUCUGACAAGUUCUGCAGAACGUACCCACUGAGAUAAACCACAUCUGUCUGUAGGCAGCAUAGAGCUCUUGGGCAGAUGCCAGCAGACUCACACACAGUCUUAUUAUUAAGGUUUUAUUUAAUUUCAGAGUACAAAUAUUUUUCAAAUCCACAUUAGCUUUUAUGAACUAAGAAGCUACAUUUUUGCCCUCACACACCAAAAUGGAGUAUGACUUGUGUACAUGUAUAGUGCAACAAAAGGGAUAAAGGCCAUUUUGUCUGUUAUAUUUCCUUUCACACAUUAGUUUCUUGAGAGUAUCACUCUUGCUGCUAAAGUUAAUGUUUACUUCUUUCUUUGUCACAUUUCCAUUAAAGGGUGAGCGAAGCCUCCCAGCCAUUUUUUUUCCUUUGGUACCAGGGAUGGAACUCUGGACCCUGCACUUGUGAGGCAGGUGGCAGAACCACUGGGCUAAAUCAAAUCCCUGGCCCCCAGCCAUUUUUUAAUUGACAUGAUUCCAAGAACAAACUGUUAAGUGUGAUUUUUUUUUUAAUUGUUCUCCUUAAGUAUGGGACACACCUUAUUUUAUUGAUGUUCUUUCAGUGCCAAGGUGAUAGGAAUUUUUGUUUUUGUCAGUUAAUCCAAGAUUUUAAAUAGCACAAGACCAAAUCAUGCAAUAACUCCAAAAGGUUUUGUAAAUAUUACUGUAUCGGCAAAUGCCACCUCAGGAUGUAUCACUUGUCAUCUUUUUUCUUUGUUGGUAAAAAUAAUUAACCAUGUAGGUCUUUCAUGAGCUGCUACUGUUUAGCUUUCUGCCCUGCCCUUCUAUUCAAUUAUCUUUAACAACAGAGCAAAAUGUAUGCUCAUUUGCAGACUGGAAUCAGUAAGCAGUUUAGUAGAAGGAUUCCGUCAUAGUAUUCAACAACUUUAAAAAUUUAGGGCUGGUGAAAAAGACCAACUCUAAGUGAUGACAAUUUUGUACAGUAUUAUUACACAAAGUUCAGAACUGGAAAAGAUUAUUUAAUUUUUUUGUUUGUUUUUUGAUUGUAAUUCACUUGCUUAAGGGACAGAGAAUUUGGUACAGAGCAAAGAAAUACCAAAACUACUUCAACUGACUGAAAUUAUUCUUUUUCCCCUUAUAUUGGUAGAAACACUUCAUAAAUGAGCUAUGGAAAGAAGAGAGCUUUUACAAAAUUGUCUAGUUACCCAUAUCUUUCCAAACUUAUGCAUUUGUUCAAAGAUUUUUUUUUUUUGGGGGGGUACUGGGGAUGGAACUCAGGUCCUUGUGC